UGAAAUAAAAUUUUACUAAACUGUUGCAUUUACCGAGUAUACAAAUAUUUUGCUGAUUGUGUACUACGAGUAUAUGAGCAUUGUAUUUACAUAUAUACACACCGAUUUAACGAUGUAAGGUGUAUGUCACACGGUGUAGUGUUUACGCAUGCCACAACGUGCUAACGCGGAAUCGAAGCCGAGAAAGCGGUCCACUUUCAGUGUAACCCUAAGCAGAACGAUUUAUGUGUAGCAAUGGUACGAAAUGUAUUUCGAAACAGUCCAAAGAUCCUUUGGAUCGGCAGUGCCUGUAUCGGUACCUACAUCGCGUAUCGAUAUUGGAAAAAACGAGAGCUUCUGACAAUAGACGAAGGCUUUGAAGAAGUGUCCAAGGUUGACGAUAGUCACGAAAAAAGAGUACUUCUAUUGGGUUUAGAAGGAGCUGGAAAGACUUCAAUUAUAAAUCAAAUAUGUGUUGCAAAUGGGGAUGAAAAUUCUUACACCAUUCCUCCAAAGUCAACACAGGGUUCCACUGUAUAUAGAUUAAAACAUGGGUCUUAUUCUUAUAAUGUCUGGGAUAUCGGUGGUGCAGAUGCCACUAGAAAAUAUUGGACCGCCUUCCUACAAGACACAGAUCUUCUGUUGUUUGUAGUAGAUGCAUCUGAUACAGACAAAUUAUCUUUGGCUGCUUCUACUCUCAAAGAAUUGGUAGGAGAUGCAAGAAUGGAUAAUGUACCAGUUUUAGUAGUUGUUAAUAAACAGGAUUGCCCUAAUGCACUGAGGACAGAAGAGGUUAAGAAAGCUUUAGAUUUAUUAAGUAUCUCUCCUCACAAGCAUAAAGUAGAACUAAUUGGAUGCCAAACAAGACCUCUGCCUGAUCAGCCAGCAGACACAACUGAAUGUACCUGGCAUCAUGAAUCUGUUGAUGCUGUUAGGAAAAAAAUAUUCUCUAUGGCAACCUAAAGAUGUAAUUAAUAUUCUUAAUUGUUUAUUUAAUUUGUUGAAAAAUACUUUAUAUAUAAAAAAAAGGAAGAAAUGAAAGGGAAUGAAGUAAGGAACAGUGUGCUUGAUACAGCACACUGUGCCCAAUUUGUCCAUUAUGAAUUUGAAUAUAAACAAUUUGUUCAAAAUGAAACAUUUUAACAUAAUGCAAGCAUUAAAAA